CGAAAUUAGUUGAUAAUUUUUAACAAUUACAAGCGGUAGGUUUUAUACAAUUUCAAUUAUGAAACGCAAUUGGUUUUUUCGAUACACGCUUUUGCUGAAUAUGGUUUUAGGCGUCAUUUCUGAAAGUUAUUAUUCUAUUAAUGCACCCGGUGUUAUAAAAUCAAAUCGUAAAUAUUCAGUUAUAGUUGCCCUACAUGAGGCCAAUAGCUCAUGCCUGAUGCGUGUUGGCAUAGAAGGACCAAACUUUAAAGAAUUUAAAGAUGUAAACUUAGAACCAUAUGAAACAAAGUUAUUAGAGUUUAUGCCGGAAAAGAUAACAACUGGCGAUUAUAAAUUAACAGCUGAGGGUUUAUCAGGUUUGAUAUUUAAAAAUGAAAGUCGUUUAAACAAUAUCAUAGGUCAUGGCCCAAAAAUUUACAUACAAACCGACAAGGCAGUUUAUAAGCCUGAAGAUGUGGUUAAUUUUCGUGUUCUGAUAUUAGAUGAACAUACAAGGCCAUUAGAUAUUAAAGAUCCUGUAAAUGUGGUGAUAUCGGACAGUGCUGGCAAUCGCAUUAAACUUUACGAAAACAUAUCUCUUACAUAUGGUGUUUACACUGGUUACUUUCAAUUGUCCAAAUAUCCGGUCUUAGGAACUUGGAAUAUUACAGUUAUUCUUGGUGGAAGAUACGAAUACUCCAAUUUUAAAACUAUUAAUAUCAUAAACUAUAUUUUGCCAAAAUUCAGUGUCUUUCUAAAAACUCCUACGGAUAUUGUUUUGGAUGAUGGUAACAUUAGGGUGGUAAUCUAUGGAAAGUAUGUUUUCAAUAAAUAUGUGGAAGGCAAUGCUACUGUAGAACUGUGGGACGAUUAUGCACGAAUACUUUUACGAAGCAAACAAGUGGAUGUAAAUAAUUUAGGUGUUGUUGAGUUUAAUAUUAAGAACGAAAAGGACUUUGAAAACGUUUACGGUCUAAGUGUUAGGGCGAGUUUAACGGAAAAACAUACUGGCAGAACGGAAACGGAAAAACAAGAUAUAUAUUUACAUAAACAACGUUAUAAUUUACAAAUUCCAUAUGAUGAAAUUGAAUUUGAAAAUAAUAAACCUUAUCGGCUGAAAGUUAAAAUAAGCCACUGGACGGGAGCUCCUGUUUUAGAUCGUAAAUCUCCAGUAACCAUGAUACAUGGCAAUAAUUCUUAUGAAGCAUUUUUAAAUGAAAAUGGUGUAGCAACAUUUGAGUUUGAACAUGAUGCAAAUGCCAAUCAUAUCUUCGAGUUUAAAGAUACAAAAUUAAAUUUCUCCAAUAUUUUCACUAGUGAGAAUUUAAUGUUAAAUAAUAGGGAAUUCUAUUGUCGCCUAACGUUGGUGGAUGAAAAAUUAAAACUCGGCAAACCUGUACUCAUUGAGGUUAGUUCUAUACGCGAUAUCCCAUAUCUGAUGUACACAGUAAUGGGUCAUGCUAGCAUUAUACAAACGGAACACAUUAAAGUACCACCAAAUAAAAAGUCUCAUAUCAUAAAUAUAACUCCUUCUAUUGAAAUGAUACCCGAAUCCUUUAUCUAUGUGUAUUACGUUCACAAAAGUAAUUUACGUUAUGGCGAAAUGCGUUUUACAUUCCCUAAAGAAUUCGAAAAUCAGAUUUCUCUGUCAGCUCCGAAACAAGUAAAACCGGGCAAUGAAGUUACAAUUUCUAUAAGUGCCCAACCCAAGUCGUAUGUUAGUAUAUUGGCCGUGGACUUGGGUGUUUAUUUAUUGGAUAAGACAUAUGAUUUAAAUAAGGUAGACAUAUUGAAUGAACUUAUCGAGGAACGAUCAUAUUCUCCUAUAGCAGCUACCGUAUAUCCCGGUAUAGUAACGGGGCUUUUGACUCUAACUAAUGCUAAUUAUCCGUUUAAAAAUCACAGUGGUGUUUCUGGUUCUGAGGCUUUUCGACCGUUUGCAUAUAAUUUUCGUCAAAAGUUUCCGGAAACCUGGAUAUUUGACAAUUUCUUAAUUAACGAAACUAAUACCGAAUUAACUUUACCAAUACCUGAUACCAUAACGACAUGGCGCUUAACGGCAUUUUCGAAUAAUAAACUAACAGGAUUUGGUAUAGUUAAUGGGCCCACCGAUAUCACGACCAUACAAUCUGUUUUCAUAUCAAUUAAUCUACCGUACUCAGUAAAACGUGGUGAAAUUGUGACAAUACCUGUAACAAUAUUUAACUAUUCUAAUCAAACGUUAGAAAUGGAUGUGGUACUACAUAAUUUCGAUCAAGAAUUUGAUUUUAUGGAAACUAAAAUGCAAGGCAUACAAAAAUCUACUGAUAAUCGGCAACAAAAUAAAAAUAUCAUUGUUGAGCAGGACAAAGCCGAAACUGUAAACUUUCUUAUCUAUCCCCUAAAAGCAGUUGAACUUAAUUUGAUUGUUAAUGCCAUAAGUAAAUUGAGUGCCUCUUAUUCAGAUGUUGUUUUGCAGAGACUUAAAGUUGAACCCGAAGGUUUGCCUAAACAAACUAGUCAAUCUUUAUAUUUAAGUAUUCCGGCUGGAGAGAAGAUAUUGUCAGAAUUAAGAAUUGAAGAGACUGCUAAUAGAGUACCUGAUUCCGAUUAUAUUAGCUUUUCUGUGGGUGGUCAUUAUUUAGUACCAACAGUGGAGAAUUUCGAUGAACUGCUACAAAUGCCCACUGGUUCGGGUGACCAGAAUAUGGCAAAUUUUGCUCCUAAAGUUUUGAUUUUGCAAUAUCUUAAAGCAAAUGAUAAACUAACUAAAGAGAAGAAGUUGGUGGAAAAUUUACUUUCAUCCCUUGAGGUAAGCUACCAGCAGCAACUAUCCUUUCGUCAUGAUAAUGGUGGUUAUAGUAUAUUCGGCAAGGCAACCGAUGAAGAGUCCAGUACGUGGCUUACCGCCUAUGUGGUGCGUAACUUCAUUAAAGCCUCACAAUUUGUUUCAAUUGAGUUAAAAAUAAUUGAAUCUGCUUUGGAAUACUUGGCCAAUCAGCAAAAAUCAAGUGGGGAGUUUCUUUACACAGGUUACUUAAUAAAUUCUCGUCACAAAGAAAUCCAUGGACUUACAGCUUUUAUUUUAUUGGCAUUUUUGGAGAAUGAACAAUAUGCCAGCCAAUAUCAAAAACUCAUACAGAAUGGCAUAGAAUUUCUAAAUUCCAACUUAAAUAAUAUCACAGAUGUCUAUGCCCUGCCCUUAGUGGCUACUGCUUUGACCCGUGCUAAGCAGACCAGUGCCAAUUCCAUAAUAAAUCGAUUAACUUCGCAGGUUAUAAAUAAAAACGGCUUAAAAUGGUGGUCACUUAAUGAUCAAAAUCUAGCCAGUGAUAUAGAAAUUACAGCAUGUUCUGCCAUAGCUCUCCUAGAUACUCCUGGAGAUCAUACAUCAAUCUUAAAAUGGUUAAUUGAACAACGAAAUAAUAAUGGUGGUUUCAAGUCCUCUUCUGAUACUGUAGUAGGCUUGGAAGCUUUAGUAAAAUUUUCACAAAUAUAUAGAAAUGUAGAAAACGUUAAUUUGAAUAUAAGCUACAGUGCCAAAGAUUUGCAAGGCAUUGAAGUGGCAAAUCAUAAAUUCCAUAUAAAUUCCAAUAAUAUUUUAGAUUUGCAAAAACAUGAGUUACCUAGAACUACACGUCAAGUUACUUUCGAAAUAACAGGCAAUGGAGCCUCCUUAGUACAACUCGCUCAUCAGUUUAAUAUAGCAAAUGUGCAAGAAUCUAUAUACUUUGAUAUCCAACCGAAAUUUAUAUUCAAUAAUACUGCGGAAAUAACUUUGCAAAUUUGUUUCAACUACAAAAAGGACUCAGAAUCACUUGACAAUAUCUCAAAUAUGGUAAUAAUGGAAACAAAUUUACCCUCCGGUUUUAGAUUUGAAGAGGAAAUCAGAAUGUCUUUAAUGAAAAACAAACUUAUAAAAAAAGUGGAGCUUAAAAAUUCCGAAACAACAAUAAUUUUAUAUUUAGAUAAGUUGGAAGCGAAUAGAAGUCAUUGUUUAGAGUUACCAGCAGAUAAAACAAAUGAGGUUUUAAUGUUAAAACCGGCUGCCAUUAAAAUGUACGAUUAUUACAAUUUGAGUCGUUCAAAUACAAAAUUUUAUGGCAUAUAAGUUAAAUGUUAAAGCAUAAAUAUAUUUAAAUAAAAAAAAUAAAAUUUAGGCCGGUCAUAAGAAAAAUAUGGUCUCAA